AUGGUCCGCGGCGCAGAAUUCGACAACGGUGUCCCCCAGAGCGACAACCCUAUCGAGAACGGUCCUAACAAGGCUCACGGAGUCGGCAAUGAGCCCGCAGACCUGAGCCGCUCACACAAGGCUGCCCCCAUGCCAGAGCAGACUGGCUCCGGGCGUGACGUAUACCCUGGCUUGCCUACUGCUGGGUCGGAUCACCCCCACGGUGGUGCUGCCAAGCCCAUCUCCCUUGAUGAGAAGAACACUGCUGGAAAAUAA